AUGCGGACUGCUGUUUUGCGGCGAAAAAAAAUCGAGAAAAAACCUUUCCAAAAAGUGGAUGGAUCUGCAUGGAUUCACCCAUUUGUAUUUACGCAUUCAUCACCCUCACUCUAUGUACAGAUUGCUUUACCAAUAGUUGAUUUUCUUUAUCGUUUAAAACACAAUAUAAUGUUACAUGUUUCACGAACCAUACGACAUUCCAUUUUGAGAUGUCUCCUAGCGUUGAAAAAGCUUUCCACUUCUCUUCUUACCGUUUGGAUCAUUUUCGAAAUAUGGAAGAUUUCGAUGUCUGCCGAUCAAAGAAUAUCAAAAAAUCCUUUCAGAUGCUAUAACGAUGACGAAGCAAUCUUUCUGAAAAACUUUUAUCAGUUAGACUGUGAGAAUCCAUUUUUGAAAAAUGUUUCUUUACGAAAUUUGAACACGUCAACGGAUGUAUGUGAACUUUUCAAUGAACCAUAUGAUAACAAUGAAAAUUUUACUCUCUAUUCAAGAAUCAAAAUGGAAUUCAAAAAUUUUCCUCAAAAUAUUACGCAUAAUGAUAUCUUAGAAAUGGAAGUCGCAUGUCCUGGAUGUCAUCAUAUUCAGAUAAUUGAUAGUCAAUUAUUUAUUGUAAAUCGUAAAACUUCUGUUAAUUUUCAAUUGAGAUCAAGAAACAUCAAAUCAAUGCUAAAACAAGUUAUCGACACAUUCCAAUCAAUCAAAAACUUAGAAAUGUUUAUACAUGUUCAAGACGCGGUUAUGCUGAAUUCUUCGGAUUUAAAUAAAAAAAAGCACAAGGUACCGGUUUUUGGUUUCGCUAAAACGCACAAACCACCAAUUUGGGGUCUCCAUCCUGAUGGUAUCGUACUUAUUCCUUGCUUUACUUUGUGGGCUUCAUUGGCGCCCGGUAUUGGUAGGUGGCGUUCUGUUCUUGAAAAUGUGCCCAAAAUAGCCGAAAAAAUUAAAUGGGAAAAUCGGAUGAAUAAAUUAAUGUGGCGUGGAGCUCAAACUGGAGACCGCCAAUGGUUAACAGAGAUUGGCCAAAGGAAAAACGAUUCAAAGUUGGAUAUCGAGUUCAUGGACUGGAAAUCGAGUCCUAUCAGUCCCUAUUAUUCCGAGAAUUUUAAAACGAUACAGCAGUUCUGUGAGUAUCAGUAUUUGCUACACCAAGAGGGAUGGUCGUAUUCUAAUAGACUCAAAUACUUACUACUUUGUGGGUCACCUGUUAUUUUUGCGCACUUUCGGGAAUGGGAAGAAUAUUGGUAUCAUUUAUUAAAGCAUGAUCAUAAUAUUUUAAUUUGGAAAGACAAAGGAAAUGAGAAGUCAUUCCAUAAUUUAACGCGACACUUAAUGCUUGAUGCUCAAAGAGCAAAACUUAUUGGUACAAAUGGCAAAAAAUUAGUACAACAGUAUCUUAAUGAACAAGCGAUUCUCUGUUAUUUCAGAAAUGUUCUCAUCGAAUAUGAAAAGCUAUUUACUUACAAGCCUCAAAAACAUCCCGAUGCAAUCAGUAUUGAUGAAUUUUUAGUUGGCCACUUUACUUGA